AUGUCUCGAGUGGUGCACAUUCUACGAGCCGGUAAGCUAAGCUAUCAAAAGUCGUUGAACCUGCAAAAGACGAUCUCCUCACUUGUUUUCAACGGAGAGAAACCGAAUGUACUGAUCCUGACUGAGCACGAUCCCGUCUAUACCGUUGGAAUCCGGACCAAAUCCUACGGUCCAGAAGAGGAACAACGACUAAAGGCGCUGGGCGCAGAUUUUUUCCGAACCAAUCGAGGCGGUCUAAUCACGUUCCACGGUCCGGGCCAACUGGUCGUCUAUCCGGUGUUGAAUCUGAAAAACUUCCAACCCAGCGUCCGGUGGUACGUUUGCCACAUCGAAAAGACGGUGAUCGAAUUGUGUCGACGGUAUGGGCUGCAGGCAGGAGCGACGGAGGACACCGGAGUUUGGAUAGGAGAUAACAAAAUUUGCGCCAUCGGAAUUCAUGCGAGUAGGUAUGUCACGACCCAUGGGUUGGCGUUGAAUUGUAACAACGAUUUGAGCUGGUUCAAGCAUAUAGUUCCUUGUGGGAUUGAAGGAAAAGGGGUUACAUCCUUGAGUGUGGAGCUUAGUCGGGAAAUGAAAGUCAGAGCGGUUAUGGAGAAGUUUUUGGAAAGUUUUCGAGAUGUACUAGAGUGCGAUCUGGUAGAGUUAGAUUCUGAUAGACAACGCGAGAUUAUGGAGCAGAUAGAAUAGAAUUGUAAGGCUUCCCCAAACACUGCAGGACACUAACGUAGAAUAAGUUGACGCGUACUCCUAAUUUAAGAAUGUUUUCAAGGGUAUUUAAGGGAAUGUCAUUGUUUCGAAAAGAAAAAUGCUCGACUCUUUUGAUACGUCACAGCCGAAAAAGCCAAUCGUUAUAUUGUAUAUUGCGAAUAAAGCUUUAGAUACGUUUCUAAGUUUAAUUACCUA